CAAUGUUGUCUUUUUUUUUCUAGACAAAGUAAAUACUAUGUUUAUGUAACAACAAUAACACAUAUAAACUUUUUUCAUUGAACCAAUACAAAGGCUGCUGCUAAGGGACUAAGUUGACCAGUAUAUAAAUAGACAUUAAAUCCUCAAACAUGGCUGCUGGAAUGAAAAUCAUGGCGUCUUAUCCUUCAGAAAGGACAAAACUUAUGCCAGACAAAAAGGCUGGUAAAGUAGCUGUGCAGUCUGUACAGAUGGAAGUUGAGGAUGACAAAACACAUGAAGGUCUACAGCAAUAUUAUAUCACAAAAAUAGAAGAAGCACAGAUGGAAGUUGCAGAAAAGGUAAAAGAUUUAAGGCGAUUGGAAGCACAGCGUAAUGAAUUAAAUGCAAAAGUCCGUCUACUGCGUGAAGAGUUGCAGCUUCUGCAGGAGCAAGGUUCGUAUGUUGGAGAAGUUGUGAAACCAAUGGACAAAAAGAAGGUUUUAGUUAAGGUCCAUCCCGAAGGCAAAUAUGUUGUAGAUUUAGACAAAGGAAUCGAAAUGAGCGAAAUUACAGCUAAUCUUAGAGUGGCUUUGAGAAAUGAUAGCUAUACACUUCAUAAAAUCUUGCCAAAUAAGGUUGACCCACUUGUUAGUUUGAUGAUGGUUGAAAAAGUUCCUGAUUCAACAUACGAAAUGAUUGGUGGUUUAGAUAAACAAAUAAAAGAAAUUAAAGAAGUUAUUGAGCUUCCUGUGAAACACCCGGAAUUAUUUGAAGCUCUUGGAAUAGCCCAGCCUAAGGGUGUACUUUUAUAUGGUCCUCCUGGUACUGGAAAAACCCUGUUGGCUCGUGCAGUUGCACAUCAUACGGAGUGUACUUUUAUAAGAGUUUCGGGGUCAGAACUGGUGCAGAAAUUUAUUGGUGAAGGCUCAAGAAUGGUUCGUGAGCUUUUUGUUUUGGCACGCGAGCAUGCGCCGUCUAUAAUUUUCAUGGAUGAGAUCGAUUCAAUUGGUUCAUCUCGUAUUGAUUCUGGUGGAUCUGGUGGAGGAGACAGUGAAGUUCAAAGAACCAUGCUGGAGCUGCUGAAUCAAUUGGACGGUUUCGAACCCACUCAAAACAUUAAAGUCAUCAUGGCCACCAAUCGGAUAGAUAUAUUAGAUAGCGCGUUGCUAAGACCUGGACGUAUAGAUCGAAAAAUUGAAUUCCCUGCUCCUAAUGAAGAUGCCCGUGCCGAUAUUUUGAGGAUUCAUUCUCGUAAAAUGAACUUAACACGUGGUAUCAACUUGAAAAAAAUUGCUGAAGCCAUGCCUGGUGCAAGUGGUGCGGAAAUUAAGGGUGUUUGUACAGAAGCUGGUAUGUAUGCUCUCCGUGAACGUCGUGUGCACGUGACACAAGAAGAUUUUGAAAUGGCAGUGGCAAAGGUGAUGCAGAAAGAUUCCGAAAAGAAUAUGUCGAUUAAGAAACUGUGGAAAUAGAUAAUUUUCGUUAAGUUUUUGUGUUCUUCUAACUUUGUAAAAUUUCGGCGUGAACAUGUACAUUCACUUUUUAUUUAAAAAGGAUUUUUUACAAAGGCUGGCUUGCAAGCUUUUUUAGGAGUCUUUCCCUUUGUUGCCAUUUUCAUGUGGCCAAUUUGUCAUUCUUCUCGGGAGAGAGUUUUCCUGUCCGCGAAAGGAGGUGAUCUAUUGGUGACGAAAAUGUAAAAUUUAUGACAAAAAGAUGCAUCACAAUAAAGAUAGACAUCAUUGCUUAGGUGCAUGCACGCCGACAUUGUAUAAGGCGUUUAAGUCAUGUGGUAUCCUCGCUUGUAUAUUCAGCGUCCAAAUGUUAAAUAUAUGCAAAUUGUCUAA